CCCGAUCGGAGCAGCAGAACAUGGCCAGAACCAAGCAGACCGCCCGUAAAUCCACCGGAGGCAAAGCCCCCAGGAAGCAGCUGGCCACCAAGGCGGCCAGGAAGAGCGCUCCGGCGACCGGCGGCGUGAAGAAGCCUCACCGCUACAGGCCCGGUACCGUGGCUCUGAGAGAGAUCCGCCGCUACCAGAAGUCCACGGAGCUGCUCAUCCGCAAGCUGCCCUUCCAGCGUCUGGUCCGAGAGAUCGCUCAGGACUUCAAGACUGACCUGCGCUUCCAGAGCUCCGCCGUCAUGGCUCUGCAGGAGGCCAGCGAGGCCUACCUGGUGGGGCUGUUCGAGGACACCAACCUGUGCGCCAUCCAUGCCAAGAGGGUCACCAUCAUGCCCAAAGACAUACAGCUGGCCCGCCGCAUCCGCGGAGAGAGAGCUUAGAAGCUGCAGCAGCUGCAACAACACAAAGGCUCUUUUAAGAGCCACACAUCAAACUUUAAGACAUUGUUUCCACUUAUUUAUUGACAAAAUGUCUGAAUUGAUACCACUAUUCCCACAUUUCAUCAUUUUAUUGCCAGAAAAAGCCGUUUUCAAAUGUAACUGCACUACAUAAAAAUACAGCUCUUGAAAAUGGAAGAUUUUUAAUCGGCAAUUUCUCACAAUUUUGUCCAGAACCCAAAAUUCAGCAGCACUAAAGGAGCUUGUGAGCAAUUUCAUAAUUCAUAUAUGAAUUUGAUUAUUUUGAUUUACUCUGAUUAUUCCCCUUUCUGUAUAAAGAUACUAAAACUAUAGUGAUGUUUUAUAAUAUGAACACUGAACCACCCAUAAAGUUUUGAAAAGGAAAAAAGUCUUUCACACUGAAGGUAAUGACACACAAAGAUCCAGUUAAUGAGCAACUCAGAUUUAUGGAACAAAAACAACUUUCAAUGAGUCCAGGCCAAAAGCAUGAGUAUGAAAUUCAUGCAUAAGAUAAGUAAUAAAA